UAAAAGAGUAGUGGGCAGAAUUCUCUAGUGCGGAAAGUUUCUGAAGACUGCAGACAUGCUCAGGUUUCUUGUACUCACCUCUCUCGCAGCCCUCGUGCUGGCUGAGCUGACUCCCCAGCCCAGGUACCUGGAGGAAGACAGUGUUGAGGAGAGAGUUGUGGGAGGAGAGGUGGCAAAUCCCAACUCCUGGCCCUGGCAGAUCUCUCUUCAGUACAAAUCUGGCAGCAACUUCUACCACACUUGUGGAGGAACCCUGAUCAGGAGAGGAUGGGUCAUGACCGCUGCUCACUGCGUGGACAGAUCCAGGACUUGGCGUGUCGUUCUUGGAGAUCACGACAUCAACAGUAACGAGGGCAGAGAGCAGUACAUGAGCGUGAGCCGCGUCUACCUCCACCCCAAUUGGAACUCCAACAACAUUGCUGGAGGGUGGGACAUCGCUCUGCUGCGUCUGUCCUCUGAUGCUUCUCUCAACAACUACGUCCAGCUCGGCGCUCUGCCCCCCUCCGGUCAGGUCCUACUCCAAAACAACCCCUGCUACAUCUCUGGCUGGGGUCGCACCCAGACUGGAGGUCAGCUGUCUGCCCAGCUGAAGCAUGCCUACCUGCCCGUUGUUGACUACAAGACCUGCAGCAACUAUGUAUGGUGGGGCAGCACUGUGAAGGACUCCAUGGUCUGUGCUGGUGGUGGAAUGGCGUCUGGUUGCCAGGGCGACUCUGGUGGCCCCCUGAACUGCAGAGUCUACGGAAAUUGGGUUGUCCACGGUGUGACCAGCUUUGUGUCUUCCUCUGGCUGCAACGCCACCAAGAAGCCCACCGUCUUCACCCGUGUGUCUGCCUACAUCAGCUGGAUGAACAACAUCAUGGGUUGAGAAGAAAAAAGGAUCUCCAUGGAGACGAGAGCACACUCUGGAUUCAUCUCAGUUUCUGCAUCGACUCCAUCAGAAUAAAAUGUCCCUGUGCAUUAUA